AUGGGGGACGAGAUGGACGUUGCUGACGAUGGUCCGGAGGAGAUUCCGGUGGCCACACAGCACGCAUUUCUUGACCAGGCGAAGAGCUACAAUUUCGUGGCCGUGAAGGAUAUGGUCACAGCUCAGCCAGGCCUCGUCAACGUGCAGCCAGCUGGACGUUGGUCGGCGCUGCACCAAGCGGCAGAAGCAGGGGAAGAGGCAGUGGUCAAAUUCCUCCUGGACCACGGGGCAGACAAAAACGUGAAGACCAAGGAUGGGCGCACGCCUUUGCAGGUCUGCAAGAACGCCGCAUGCCGUGCUCUGCUUGGCGGACCCGAGAAGCGAAGCGCAGGCUACAAGCCCGAAGGUGAGCCCGUGGCGAAAGCUCCGGCUGCCAAGGACCUGACCAUCACUGUGAACUAUGCCGCAUCUGGAGAGCUCCUGAAGACGGCAACCGUGUGCACUGGCGACAACUAG